AUGGGCAGCCAGGAGGUGCUGGGCCAGGCGGCCCGGCUGGCCUCCUCGGGUCUCCUCCUGCAGGUGUUGUUUCGAUUGAUCACCUUUGCCUUGAAUGCAUUUAUUCUUCGCUUUCUGUCCAAGGAAAUCGUUGGCAUAGUGAAUGUAAGGCUGACGCUGCUUUAUUCGACCACCAUCUUCCUGGCCAGAGAGGCCUCCCGGAGAGCGUGUCUGAGCGGGAGCACCCAGCGAGACUGGCGCCAGACCAUCAACCUCCUGUGGCUAACAGUCCCUCUGGGUGUGUUUUGGUCCUUGUUCCUGGGCUGGGUCUGGUUACGGUUGCUUGAAGUGCCUGAUCCUAAUGUCGUCCCCCACUAUGGAACUGGAGUGGUGGUGUUUGGUCUCUCAGCUGUGGUGGAACUUCUGGGAGAGCCCUUCUGGGUCUUGGCACAAGCACAUAUGUUUGUCAAGCUCAAGGUGAUUGCUGAGAGCCUGUCAGUAAUCCUCAAGAGUGUACUGACAGCUUCGCUCGUGCUGUGGCUGCCUCACUGGGGGCUGUACAUUUUCUCUUUGGCCCAGCUUUCCUAUACUACAGUUCUGGUGCUCUGCUAUGUUACUUAUUUCAAAAAGUUACUGGGUUUCCCAAAAUCAACCAAGCAACAAACGCUUCCUGUCUCCAGAAUGACAGACCUGCUACCCAGUAUUCUGAGAAGCAGAGCUUUUGUGAAUUGGGAAGAGGCUAAAUUGACUUGGAGUUUUUUCAAACAGUCUUUCUUGAAACAGAUUUUGACAGAAGGGGAACGAUAUGUGAUGACAUUUUUGAAUGUGUUAAAUUUUGGCGAUCAGGGUGUGUAUGAUAUAGUGAAUAAUCUCGGCUCCCUUGUGGCCAGAUUAAUUUUCCAGCCAAUAGAGGAGAGUUUUUAUAUAUUCUUCGCGAAGGUACUGGAGAGAGAAAAGGAUGCCACACUUCAGAAGCAGGAGGAUGUUGCUGUGGCCGCCACGGUUUUGGAGUCCCUGCUCAAGCUGGCCCUGCUGACCGGCCUGACCAUCACUGUUUUUGGCUUUGCCUACUCUCAGCUGGCUUUGGAUAUCUAUGGAGGGGCCAUGCUUAGCUCAGGAUCAGGUCCUGUUUUGCUGAGAACUUAUUGUCUCUAUGUUCUCCUGCUGGCCAUCAAUGGAGUAACCGAGUGUUUCACCUUUGCUGCCAUGAGCAAGGAACAGGUCGACAGGUACAACUUCACAAUGCUGGCCCUGUCAUCUUCAUUCCUGGUGCUGUCCUAUCUCCUGACCCGUUGGUAUGGCAGUGUGGGCUUCAUCUUGGCCAACUGCUUUAACAUGGGCAUCCGGAUCAUGCAAAGCCUUUACUUCAUCCACCGCUACUACCGUGAGAGCCCCCACAGGCCCCUGGCGGGCCUGCAGCUGCCUCCGGUCCUCGUUGGCAUGUUUGCCCUCAGUGGUGGGAUUACUGGUGUUUCAGAGGCGCUCCUCUGCUGUGAGCAGGGCUGGCUGUUCCGGCUGGCGCACGUGGCCGUGGGGGCCCUCUGUCUGGGAGCGACGCUCGGGACAGUGUUCCUCACCGAGACCAAGCUGAUCCACUUUCUUAGAACUCAGUUAGGUGUGCCCAGACUUACUGACAAAAGGACGUGA